UCUUUACACUUUCGGACCAAAAUUUUAAAAAAUUUGAUAUUGGAAACUGGAAUUCUCUCAGCUUCGAUAUUCGUCUUUUUUUAUUUCAUUCAGAUCCCAAAUUCUAGGGCUCCAAAGUCCUUUGAUUGAUUCGCCUGGAUUUGCAAUUUUUUCUAAAUUCCCCUAAAUUCGUCAAGCUGGAUAGGCACCGAAGGGAUCGUCACGAGAGUGGCGGCUACGAUGAUUCCUACCAUAACCACCGAUCUCAUCCACCAGAUUCACGCUUCAAAGAGGAUGAUGAUGACUUUAGUCGACGUCGUCGUCGUCGUGGAGGCAGCUCUAGCAAUUAUCGAAUUGGAACCGGGGGUAGAGGUGGAGGUGGAGGUCGACGCUGGGAAGGUGACAGCCCUACGGAUUUUGAUGGUCCCGGAGAUGGAGGUUUCCGUCAGAUGAAUGGUCCUUCUGAUAGAGUAGAUUUUAAGCAGCCCAUGGGUCCUCCUCCUCGCCAUGGUGGUGGUAGUUUCCGUCCUAUGGGUUUUGGUGGUUUUCGUCCCAUGGGUCCUAACGGUCGCGUAGGAGGACAAGGGACGCGGUCAAUCGUUGGAGCUGGUGUUGGCAGAGGUGGAUUUCGGUCUAGCGGGCCUGUGAAGUUCCCGCCUUCAGAGAGUCCUGACGGAAGGAGAUUUAUAGGUAAAUCAAUGGAGUCUGAUUAUUCUGUUAGACCGACUACACCGCCGGUUCAACAACCUCUUUCGGGUCAGAAAAGAGGGUAUCCUAUCUCAGAGCAUGGCAGCUUUACUGGAACUGACGUUUCUGAUCGUAGCAGCAGUGUAGUCAAGCUUUUUGUUGGCUCUGUACCAAGGACAGCUAUAGAAGAAGAAGUCCGUCCCUAUUUCGAACUACAUGGAGAUGUUCUGGAGGUUGCCCUGAUCAAGGACAAGAAAACUGGACACCAGCAAGGCUGUUGUUUUGUAAAAUAUGCAACGUCUAAAGAUGCGGAUAAAGCCAUUAGAGCACUGCACAAUCAAAUCACUCUUCCAGGGGGAACUGGUCCUGUUCAAGUUCGAUAUGCUGAUGGGGAGAAAGAACGCGUUGGUGCGCUAGAGUUUAAGCUUUUCGUUGGUUCACUAAACAAGCAAGCCACUGAAAAAGAAGUUGAGGAGAUCUUCUUACAGUUUGGUCGCGUGGAAGAUGUCUAUCUCAUGCGUGAUGAAUAUAGACAGAGUCGUGGAUGUGGAUUUGUGAAAUAUUUAAGCAAAGAGACGGCGAUGGCAGCUAUUGAUGGUCUCAAUGGAAUUUAUACCAUGAGAGGUUGCAAUCAGCCACUAAUUGUUCGGUUUGCUGAUCCAAAGAGGCCUAAACCUGGCGAGUCAAGGGACAUGGCACCCCCUGUUGGACUUGGUUCAGGGCCUCGAUUUCAAGCGUCAGGACCAAGGCCUACCUCUAACCUUGGUGACCUUAGUGGGGACGUAAGCCACACAAAUCCUUGGCAUCCGCCGAAUUCACCAAAAAUUGUCCCUCGUAGUAACACUGGGAACCGUGGUAUCGGAAGUGACUUUUCCCCUAGACCAUGUCAAGCAUCGUUGCCUUCAAAUCAGGGUGGUCCAUUGGGUGAUUACGGUGUUCCUCCCCUUAAUCCUCUUCCAGUCUCUGGAGUUUCAUCUUCUGCCACAUUGCAGCAGCAAAAACGGGCAGCUGGUCAGCAAAUAUCACCAUUACAAAAACCUCUUCACGGUCCACAUAAUCUCCCCCUCCGUCCACAAACUAAUUUCCGUGGGGGCCAGGCACCCUUGCAGAAUCCUUAUGGUUUUAGCAACCAGUUGCCUACCUCUCAGCUGCCGCCACAGAAAAAUGUCACUCGUGCAACUGCUCCUCAAACUCCAUUGAACAUUAAUCUACGACCAACAGCUUUGUCCACUGCAACUGCUCAAUUUCCCCCUCGUUCCCGGCAGCAACCGCUACAAAAGAUGCAAAAUCCUCCUUCUGAGCUAGCUCAGCUCUUGUCACAGCAAACUCAGAGUCUACAAGCAACAUUCCAAUCAUCUCAGCAAGCAAUUUCUCAGCUGCAGCAGCAGGUGCAGUCCAUGCAGCAACCAAACCAAAAUUUACCACUCUCACAGAGUAGCCAAGCUGGUAAACAUCAGUGGGCUGGAUCUGCCAUUCCAACAGUUGUUAGUACCACUGCUUCGACACCAAUUAGCUAUGUGCAAACAGCUGUACCUGCAGCAAAUCAGAGCGUGGUUUCUGUCAAAUGUAACUGGACCGAGCAUACCUCGCCUGAUGGAUAUAAAUAUUAUUACAACGGUGUAACGGGUGAAAGCAAGUGGGAAAAACCUGAGGAAAUGGUAGUGUUCGAACGAGAGCAACAAGAACAGCAACAGCAUCAACCGAAGCCAACUAUACAGCAGCCCCAGACCCAAUUACAGCCGAUGCAGCAACAACCACAACAAGUUCACCAACAAUAUCAGGGCCAGCAACAAGAACAGCAACAACAUCAACAGAAGCCAACUAUACAGCAGGCCAAGACCCUAUUACAGCCGAUGCAGCAACAACCACAACAAGUUCACCAACAAUAUCAGGGCCAGCAACAAGAACAGCAACAACAUCAACAGAAGCCAACUAUACAGCAGGCCAAGACCCUAUUACAGCCGAUGCAGCAACAACCACAACAAGUUCACCAACAAUAUCAGGGCCAGCAACAAGAACAGCAACAACAUCAACAGAAGCCAACUAUACAGCAGGCCAAGACCCUAUUACAGCCGAUGCAGCAACAACCACAACAAGUUCACCAACAAUAUCAGGGCCAGCAACAAGAACAGCAACAACAUCAACAGAAGCCAACUAUACAGCAGGCCAAGACCCUAUUACAGCCGAUGCAGCAACAACCACAACAAGUUCACCAACAAUAUCAGGGCCAGCAAUUACAGCAGCCGUUUUAUUCUUCACUGGUGCAGUAUCCAACUCCAGGAGUCAACCAUAUUGCUCAGUAUCCAUCAUUGCCAGUUGGUCAAAAUAGCCAGUUUCCGAUGUCAGCAAUUGGUCAAAAUACUCAGGAACAUGGUCGGACACAUAUACCCAUGGGAGCUGCUUCAGUGAAUGAUCUCUCAAGAACUCAACAGAGCCGUCAAUCUCCCCAAGAACUCAUAUGGAAAAAUAAAGCUUGAGGUACAUGAAACGAGGAGCUAAAAUAUCUCAGUAACUAGAUAGAAAAAACUUCUGGAACUAAUUAGUCAAGCAGAGGAAAAACAGCAAUGACAGUGGUCUUAGUAUAUGUAUUUCUAAGUUAACCCCUUCAGGUAUUAUAUAGAUAGGUGAUUCGACGACCAUCUGCAUUCUAUCUUUUCUCUAAUCAGAUAUUUUCUUCUUUUACAUUUCAAGAGUUGCCAAACAAUGGCUGUUGUAACAUAGCUAUUGCAAGUCAUGUCUCAUGUUAUGAUAGUAUUAGUUACUUAGCUGGGUAAACCAAACUUUGAUCCAGUUAGGGGUCAUAUAAUUAUAUAAAUAUAAAUAUGUACAUUCGUUAUCA